AUGCGGUCUCUAUCACCAGCCCUUGCGUCUCUCGCAAAUGCCUUCCGCAUCCCCAUGUCAAUGGUACCCGUACGCCCGACCAUAUCAAGCAUAUGCCGCGAAACCCUGGCUCAAAGACCGACGCCACAAGCCAGCCCGAUCACCGCGUCCGUACAAUCGGCCUCAUUCUCCUCCUCUAGCUCUCUAGCCAAGCGAAAAGGCGGAGGCCCAGGAGUGGAUAAGCGAAUCACUCUCAUCCGAUACUUCCUCCACCACCCCCUUACACCCCGCCCUCUCCGUUUCUCUCGUAACCGCUACCUCCGCCAUUGGACCAUCCACCGUGCUUGGCAACUAUUCCAGUCUAAUCAGCGCAAGAACCAGGAACUUGAGCUACAGCGCCAGUUUCAGAGCAUGCAGGCUGCUUGUGAAGAAUUGCGCACUGGUGCCGGUGAUGGUGGCAAGCUGUUCCGUGUCUCGAUGAACAAGAAGGGUAUCUUUACAGACCUCAUUCCUAUUGAGUAUGGGCGUAUGCAGACAGACUACCCACCUGCUGAGGGGUGGAACCAUGACUGGAAGCGACCAGAGAAGAAAUAG